AUUACGUCCCUUGAAUAUACUCUUAUGUAAUUUUUGGCGCGAAAUGGAUGAGAUCGCCAACUUUGAGGAAAGUGACUGGCAAAAGCUGAAAGAUCAAUACAAAUCUGCACUGAAAGCAAAAUCAGAAAGAUUGAAUGACAAAAAGAAAAAAGAUCUGAUUCAGCUCGAUGUAUGGUUUCAGGAAGAACUGCCAAAGAACAUACAAGGACGUAAAGAAAAACAUAUUACACAUGAAGAAUUGUGUAAACUAAUGAAAUGGAAAUUGACGAGGGGAAAAUUUCGACCACGUCUUGAACAAAUGGUGCAGGAAAACUCUGAAGAAGAUGUACUGAAUGCAAGCAAGAAAGCCUUUAGUUUAUUACCUAAUGUUUCUGAAGCUAUCAAGGCUUUAUCAGUUUUAAGGGCUAUUGGUCCAGCAACUGCAUCAGCUGUUUUGACAGCAGGUGCACCUAAACAUGCAGCAUUCAUGGCAGAUGAGAGUAUGCUAGCUCUGCCGGGACUUAAACCUCUGGCAUAUACACCUGCCUUCUAUACCAGGUAUAUGGACCAAGUAAAGGGCAUUGUCACACAGUUAAACAAAGAGGCUGCAGUGAAAUGGACCCCACAUAAUGUAGAGAUAGCCCUAUGGACCUAUUAUAUUUUGAAAACUUUAGAACCAGAUAUGCUGAAAUCUGCUAUUAAAAGAAAAGCUGAAACAGAAGAAAAAAGUGAAGUCAAACAAAGGAGGAGAAAGAAAGAAUCUGAUUGAUAAUGUUCAUUUGUCAUAAUUGGAAAAUAAUUAUCAGUAACAGUCAUGCAAAUGUAUGUGAUCAGAUUAGAAGACCAUUAGCUUCUUGUUUACCAUAAUUGUAAUCAAAACUGUUGUUAAUGACAAGGAGCCUUGUAUUUAAUAUUGUUAAUCAGAAAGAAAGAAUAAUGCUGCAGGCAGCAGUGAAGAAUGACAGUUUGAAAAGCAUCCAGUUAAAACCACACAGAUCGAUCGAAAGUUGGAUUUACUUGAACAUUUACUUGUUUGUGUUGGAUGACUUAUAAUUACAGUCAGAUUUUAUAAGAAAAAAUAGUCCUGAAGUUAGAUCAUAUGACAUAUUAAGAAUCAUUUAUUAUAUCUGCAUCAGUUAUGAAUGAAUAUGAUGUUAGAAUUCAAAGCUAAAGAUUUGACAAAUAUAACUUACUCAACUAAUUUAAUGACUUUAUGUUGGUUUUG